UAUGUAAAUCAACAUUCAACCGAGUUCGUUCAGAACCUACAGCAAGGUUUUCCUAACCAGACAAAAUCCAAGUUGCUACUUCAGGCGCUUGAACAAAAUUUCACUUGCGAUCUCCUAUUGGAGAUUGGAUCCUUGAAGCUCAUCGCCCACCAUCACCAUCGUUCAUCAGUAUCACCAUCAUCAUGUACCGCCGGAACCGCUCGAGUGCCCAAUCACCAAUGCCCAGUCGCCGUCGUCGUUUGCGAAGCGGAGUGGAGCCGCCCACUGGAAAUCCCGAGGAUGACCGUAUGUGCUGGAUUUGUCUGAAUGGCGACGAGGAUCAGCCUCGCCGAGAUUGGCUGCAUCCGUGUCGCUGUCGCGGUACCAAUAAGUGGGUGCACGAGGCCUGCCUGAGUCGUUGGAUUGACGAGAAGCAGAUCCAGGCGCCGGAUGUUCCAGUGACUUGCACCCAGUGCCGCACCCAGUACAUUAUAGUGAUGCCGCCACUAUGUCGCUUUGAUGCUCUACUGGAGCUAUUGGACAAGGUGUACGAGCGCCUGUGUCCUAGUGUUCUGAUGGGCAUCCUGGCGUCCACCGUCUACUUCUCGGCCGUGACCUAUGGAGCAUUGACUCUGCUCGAAGUAUCGGGGUUUGAGACGGGCAUGCGUAUACUCCAGGAGGAUCCCACCUUGCUUAUGAUCCUGCUGCCGUCGGUGCCGGCACUGCUGCUUCUGGGCAGGAUGGUGCGUUGGGAUGAUACCGUGAUCCGUUGGCUGCGUCGUCACAAUCGCUUGGGCGUUCCAGCCGCCCAUCUGGACGCAAUGGGCGAACCACUGCCCGGUGCGCCGCUGGAUGAUGAGUACUUCGAUCAGCUGGAGCGCGACCAUCCGGAUUCGGAUGGCCAACUGGGCGGUGCCCUGGCCACCGAGCACCUGGGGCGUGCCUCCACCAGCUUUUGCAUCGCCCUUAGUCUGCCCACCGUCGCCGUGAUCCUGGGCCAGUGUCUCUUCGGCCGCCUGUUCGAGUGCAACAAGCUGCUGGCCAUCUUCCUGGGCGGCUUGUCCUUCGUGGCCACCAAGGGAAUGGCCAGUGUCUAUUUGCGACAGUCGCAGUAUCAGCGCAAGCGCUACAGAUUCGUGAUGGACUACACUCCGGAGAAUGUAUCACAGACUAAUCGUAAUCGUAAUCGUAAUCCCGUCCAGAGGAACUAAGCUCGUCCAUCUGGAACCCUUGUUAUUUAUUUUUUAUGAUGGCAACAAAUCCAGCCAUCAGCCAUAGCAUAUUUUAAUAAAUAUUUGACAAGUUCUCGAAACUAGUCACAAAA